GUACCAAUAUAAUUGAUUUAUUAUUCUUACUGCAGUUGUCUUUUACUUUCCUUAUAUGGUUACAAUACAGUGUGUAAUUAGAAACCUCAUCCCUUCUAGGUGAGAUGUCAGAAAAACUAAGGAGAUGCAGGAAGGAACUGACUGCAGCUAUAGACAGGGCAUUUGAAGAUCUCACAGCUCCUUUCUGUCUCUCAGAAGAUUGCAUCAAUAAACAGAAUUCAGACUUGCAGACAGAGACACCUUCCUCCUUGCCCCAAAUGAACAGAGUUAGUUACAGAAGAGAUCCUACUUCUACCUUAUCUUCCUAUCUCAACCAGUCUGCAGCAGUCUCCUGCGUGCUGGAAAAAAAGAAUCCUGUCUUCAUACCAGUAAGCAUUGCCCAAAAUCCCUUAUGCCCAAAGAGAGAACCUUUAACAAGUAAGGAAAAUACUUGGCUACGUUCUUCCAUUUUUGUGUCUGACAGACAACUUCCAAGAACUCUGGGGGACAGAGAGAGAUGGAGGAAAGGGCAUGCGAGCAAAGAUGCUGAAAGAUGCAUGAAGUCAGAAGCAAACAUAGCUGUCCAUGUUGUCUCCCAAGACAUUCCGCAGGCUCUUCCUGACACACCUGGGAACCCAAACAGUUGGGGUAUAGAGGAGUUAGCAGGCCAGCUGGCCCUAGUGAAUGAGUUAAGCAGAGUUCACAGGCACUCAGAUGAGCCCCCCCUGAGAGAUGAUGUUUUAGCCAUCUUUAUGGAUGCGAGCAGCAGUUCUGAAAUAAGGCAUCGAAGACCAAACACUGAGGAUGAAGAGAUUAUCCAAACAGUGCUGGAUUUGGAAGAGGAUUACAGCACAGCCAUCUCUGCUCUGCACCAGCUGAACUAGGGAAACUGGCUCAAAGGUUUACAUAGGCAAAGACUUAAGACUUAAGAAACAACAGUUCUCAAAC